GUCUCAGCCUCCUGCGCCACUGGGAUUUACAGGCAUGCGCCAUUGCACCUAGCUUGCUUCUGAUUUCUAUUGCUUAUAGCAGACUCAGUCUUACUUUACUUCUUGUGGAUGCUGGGGAAGGAACCCAAGGCCUUAUGCAUGCUAAGCACGUGUUCUACCACUGAGUUAUACCCCCAGUCCCUCAGUCAUACUUUUAUAUGGGCAAAAAUUUUACAUUUUAAACUCUUUAUUCAAGGCUAAUUGUAUAUUAUGUUAAAUCACUUGGUUUUGUUCUCAUGGCUUCCUGCUUGUUGUAGACAUAAUUGUGAGGAAGUAGAACUUCCUCAGAAACAAGCACACAUGGAUUCCAGAAUAAGAGCAAAUUCACUCUAAACACAGGAAAAAACCUGAGGCUUUAAUUAAGGGGCUAAAUUCAUCCCCAAAAUGCUUUUGUGGGCACUGAUUGCUCAAGCUCAUGCGUCACUCAUGCGUGAGUGUGAGGAAAGAGGGCCACAGGUUUUCAAUUGACAUGUAUAGAUGCCAAAACAGCUGGUACUGGAGCUUAAAAUACCCCAGUCUCCAAAGAAGAGACCCACAUCCACAAAACAUUGACUUCAGGGCUGCCAAGAAGGAUGGGCGGCAGUAGAGCCGGAGGGAAGUGGCCAUGGGCCUGUGCAAUGCUGCUACUGCUGCUCUGGGGGGCCACAGCCACUGCUCUUCCCCUCGAGAGUGGCCCCAGCCGCCAGGACAGCACGCAUAUGCAAGAAGUGGCAGAAAUAAAGAAAAAUGGCCUCCUGACUUUCCUUGCUUGGUGGCAUGAGUGGACUUCUCAGGCCAGUCCUGGAGCCCUUACUGGAGGGGAUGCCAGUGAGGUUUCCAAACGGCAGGAAGGCCCACCCCUUCAGCAGCCCCGUCGCCAAGAUAAAACGCCCUGCAAGAACUUCUUCUGGAAGACCUUCUCCUCCUGCAAAUGAACCACCCAGGAUUACUUACUUAUGUAAAGUAUAAUGGUGGACCCAAAUAAAGUGUAUUAAGCAGCAGGG